UGGGGUCUGAGGCGGCGACGGCGGCAGUCGCUGCUGAGGCGGCCGCGGGCGCGGUUGGCGGCGGCGCUGCUUCGCGGAGCCGGCUGGUCUGGCAGUCGCUGGCGCCUGCCAGUGCGAUCGGGCUGCCAGAGCAGGCGGCAUGGCCCCCACCUAGGGCGGUAGACGAAGCGGCUGAGCCCAGGAUGCUGGGGCGGCAGCGCCGCGGCUCCUCACGCAUCCCAGAUGUUGAUCAUCUUUCUGAAGUAAAAUCUCCAUGGCCUGAACAUUUUCUGAAAAUUAUUUUGAGCAAAAUAUCUGUUUAAUAACAAGAUAAGCACAUCAAGAUGGUUGGGAAACUGAAGCAGAACUUACUAUUGGCAUGUCUGGUGAUUAGUUCUGUGACUGUGUUUUACUUGGGCCAGCACGCCAUGGAAUGCCACCACCGAAUAGAGGAACGCAGCCAGCCGGCCAAAUUGGAGAGCACAAGGGCCACUGUACAAACUGCCCUGGAUGUCAAAGCCAAUAAAACCUUUGCCUAUCACAAAGACAUGCCUUUGAUAUUUAUUGGAGGUGUGCCUCGAAGUGGCACGACACUCAUGAGGGCCAUGCUGGAUGCACACCCCGACAUUCGCUGUGGAGAGGAAACCAGAGUCAUCCCCCGGAUCCUGGCCCUGAAGCAGAUGUGGUCGAGGUCCAGUAAAGAGAAGAUCCGCCUGGAUGAGGCUGGUGUUACCGAUGAAGUGCUGGAUUCUGCCAUGCAAGCCUUCUUACUAGAAAUCAUUGUUAAGCAUGGGGAGCCAGCCCCUUAUUUAUGUAACAAAGAUCCUUUUGCCCUGAAAUCCUUAACUUACCUUGCCAGGUUAUUCCCCAAUGCCAAAUUUCUCCUGAUGGUUCGAGAUGGCCGGGCAUCAGUACACUCAAUGAUUUCUCGAAAAGUCACUAUAGCUGGGUUUGACCUAAACAGCUAUAGGGACUGUUUGACCAAGUGGAAUCGUGCCAUAGAGACCAUGUACAGCCAGUGUAUGGAGGUUGGUUAUAAAAAAUGCAUGUUAGUUCACUAUGAACAACUCGUCUUACAUCCUGAGCGGUGGAUGAGAACACUUUUAAAGUUCCUUCAUAUUCCAUGGAACCAGUCAGUACUGCACCAUGAAGAGAUGAUUGGAAAAGCUGGGGGAGUGUCGCUGUCUAAAGUGGAGAGAUCUACAGACCAAGUCAUCAAGCCAGUCAAUGUGGGAGCGCUAUCCAAAUGGGUUGGGAAGAUUCCUCCAGAUGUUUUACAAGACAUGGCAGUGAUUGCACCCAUGCUUGCCAAACUUGGAUAUGACCCAUAUGCCAAUCCACCUAACUAUGGAAAACCCGAUCCCAAAAUCCUUGAAAACACUAGAAGGGUCUUUAAAGGAGAAUUUCAACUACCUGACUUUCUUAAAGAACAGCCCCAGACUGAGCAAGUGGAGUAGCAGUGCCAGGAACUCUGUGAUCACAAGGUGAGGUUGGGGCGUCGCUGGGCCUUCGGCUUGCCUUCUUUGGGCUAUAUGAGGAAGCGGUGUAUCAGGAGUGGAGAGCCCAGCUCCGGGGUCAGCAGCCUGGUUGGAAUCUUGGUGUUGUCUCUUACCAGUCAUGUGGCAUUGAACGAAUUGCUUAACCUUUCAGUGUCUUUGUUUCCUCAUCGGUAAAAUGAAGAUAGUAUUAAUAAGAGAGGGGUGAUGAGAAUUAACGUCUACAAAAAGCCUGGCACAGAAUAAGCACUCAAAAAGAGUUAGUUGUUAUUUUCAUUAUGAAGAGGAAUCUAAAAUGAUUGAGCCACCUGUUUUCUGAUAAGGAAGCUCAUCCUAGAGAGAGCAGCUUAUUUGCCAAAUGCCAGGGUCACAUCACAGAGGUAGGGGACACCCAGGGCUAAAGAACACCAGCUCGUAACUGGAGCUCUCUUCCAUUGCUGGUGGGAAUGCAAAAUGAUGCAGUUGCUGUGGAAAACAGCUUGGCAGUUCUUCAAAAAGUUAAACAUAUAAUUAGCAUAUGACUCAGCAGUUCCACUUCUAGGUAUAUA